UAUUUCUUUUGAAUACAGAAAUUCUGGAAGCCCCCAGUUCAAAUAAUCUGGGCGACGAGCGAUCGUAAUAACGAUGGCGGAAGACAUCAAUAUGGAUGUGCUCCAAUUGGAGUUGUUAUGCAAACAGCUCUACGAGAGCCACGACACAGCGGAGCGAACUCGAGCUGAGAAAACUUUGAUGGAGUUUCAGAAUUCUGCAGAUUCUCUGCCGAAAUGUAGAUUGCUUCUGGAAAGAGCGAAUUCUCCGUAUGCCCAAUUGCUGGCAGCCCAUACGCUGACGAAGCUCAUCUCACGUCCCACUGUUACCAUACCUUUGGAGCAACGCCUUGAAAUUAGGAACUAUGUGCUUACAUAUCUAAGCACACAUCCGAAUCUUGCGAAUUUCGUUCUUCAGGCCAUGGUAACGCUCUUCGCCAGGUUGACGAAACUCGGUUGGUUUGAUGCCGACAAGGAUAUGCAAUACGUAUUUAGAGGAGUUCUUCAAGACACCGGAACUUUUCUGCAGGGUUCUGUGGAAUAUUGCAUUGUCGGUGUAAGACUCAUGACUGCGAUUACGAGUGAAAUGAAUCAACUGAGGGAAUCAGAGGUUACGCGGUCCGUCACGAAGCAUCGGAAGAUCGCCGCUUCAUUUCGUGAUACACACUUGCACGACAUUUUCAAUCUCUCCUGCACAUUGUUACGAACAGCUUUGGGUAACUCGAAAAACAUGGAUUUCAAUGAAGAAAAGCAUCAUUCUCUCAUGAAGCAUCUCCUGAAGCUGACGCUUCACUGUCUCACGUUCGACUUCAUUGGAACGUCGAUCGAUGAGAGCUCUGAUGAUAUGCUCACUGUGCAAAUUCCCACUUCUUGGCGGCCCACCUUCCUGGACCCAGCGACUUUGCAAUUAUUUUUUGAUCUUUACGCUGCUUUACCGAGUUCACUUUCUCCCUUGGCAUUGUCAUGCAUCGUGCAGCUUGCUUCCGUUCGUCGAUCACUGAUGAGCAAUGCUGAGCGUGCCAAAUUCUUGAACCACAUGGUCAGCGGAGUAAGGAACAUCUUGCAGACUCUCUGCGGCAUGUCCGAUCAAGCGAACUAUCACGAAUUCUGUCGCCUCCUUGCAAGAUUGAAGUCCAACUAUCAACUUGGUGAACUGGUUGUUGUGGAUAACUAUCCGGAAUUCAUCGAGUCAAUCGCGAAGUUCACCAUUCAAAGUCUUCAAUUAUGGCAGUUCGCACCCAACAGUGUUCACUACCUGCUCAGCUUGUGGCAGAAAAUGGUCGCCUCUGUACCUUACGUGAAAGCAACUGAGCCGCAUCUGUUGGAAGUUUAUACACCGGAGGUUACCCAAGCUUUCAUCAAAUCGCGGAUCGAGUCUGUUCCCGUGAUCAUGAAGGAUGGAUUGGAAGAGCCCCUGGACGACCCUGGGCCAAUUGAAGGACAGCUGGAGCAAAUAUCCACGAUCGCCCGUUUGGAUUACGGGAAGACUUGUACACUUUUAGUGCAAUUAUUCGAUCAGACAGCGGGGGAGUAUGAAUCUGCUGCGUCGAUUGUUCUGCGAUCUGCGCCUGACUCCACUGCUGCAGUAGCUGCUAAGAAGGAAAUCUCUGUUAAAGAACGACAGUUGACCUGGUUGGUUUAUGUGAUUGGCGCAGCGAUUGGAGGUCGCAUGUCAUUCAGUACGAAUGACGAACAUGACAGUAUGGACGGAGAACUCGUGUGCCGGGUUUUGCAGCUGAUGCGAUUGAGCGAUUCACGCCUACCUGAAGGCUCCAUGCGUUUGGAACUAGCUAUUUUAUCAUUCAUGGAACAGUUCCGAAAAAUCUAUGUCGGUGAUCAGGUUCAAAAAACGUCCAAGGUUUACAGAAGGUUAUCUGAAACACUGCGCCUGAACGAUGAAUCUAUGGUUCUUUCUGUGUUCAUCAGAAAAAUAAUCACGAAUUUGAGGUAUUGGAGUACGUGCGAGAACAUAGUGCGUGCCACGCUUAGUCUCUUGUCGGACCUAUCAGUCGGGUACAGUUCAGUGAGACGCCUCGUGAGGCUUGAAGAAGUCGGAUUUUUGCUCGCCAAUCACACCCCUGCGCAUUUCCCUUUUCUUGGGACGAGUCCGGAUCUUCCGCCCUCCCAAUUGCGCCCGAGGACUACAUUUUACACAGCUCUGGGUCGUUUGUUAUUGGUGGACCUGGGCGAGGAUGAAGACAAAUUUGAGCAGUUCAUGCUGCCACUGACUAGUGCAAUGGAGGAAUUGUCGAAAAUCAUGUUAGAAACUAGUAUUGUUCGGUCGAAUGAAGAAAUGGAAGGAGCCAAGAAAGCCCUGAUUGGAUUCGCUCGGGAUCUCCGCGGCAUUGCAUUUGCGUUCAAUUCAAAACCCAGCUAUGCAAUGCUUUUCGAUUGGUUCUAUCCGGAAUAUUCUGCGGUAAUGUUGAAGGCGUUAGAGAUCUGGUACAUGGAGCCAAGUGUAACUACCCCGAUUCUGAAGCUAUACGGGGAAUUGGUGCAAAAUCGAUCCCAGCGAUUACACUUCGAGGUGUCGAGUCCUAAUGGGACCUUGUUGUUUCGAGAAGCUUCUAAGGCAAUCUGCACCUACGGUGAAAGAAUCCUUACCGUUCAGGAUGUGCCAAAGGAUCAGGAGUAUCAAUUGAGACUGAAAGGAAUGUCCAUAUGCUUUUCGCUGCUGAAGAAUUCCAUGUGUGGCAGCUACGUUAAUUUUGGAGUUUUCCGGCUGUAUGGCGAUGCUGCAUUGGAAAACGUGCUCUCUAUUUUCAUCAAGAUGUUGCUAUCGAUUCCCAGUUCAGAGCUUUUGGAAUACCCGAAAUUGAGUCAAACUUAUUUUGUGCUACUGGAUUGCCUGGCUCAAGAUCACAUGAGCUUCCUGUCGAUGAUGGAUACGAAUGUUUUCAUGUAUUUGUUGAGCACCAUUUCCGACGGCCUUUCUGCUCUUGACACUAUGGUGUGUACGUCUUGCUGUUCUGCCCUGGACAACAUCAUAACAUAUUUCUACAAGCAAGCCGCUUCUAAGGGAAAAGCAAAGAAACGGCGGUUGUCCGGUGUGGAAGACGAGUCUCCUGUGCUGAAAAUGGUGAAGAUGAAUCCAGCCGUUUUCCAAACCAUGUUGCAAACUGUGCUCAACAUCCUCAUGUUCGAGGAAUGCAGGAACCAGUGGUCCAUGUCCAGGCCACUUCUGGGUCUCAUUUUAUUGAAUGAAUCCUAUUUUGCCGAAUUGAGAUCUGAGAUUAUCGGUAAUCAACCAGUCGAGCGACAAGCUAUGCUCUCGACGUGUUUCGAUAAUCUGAUGGAUGGCGUUGAACGAAAUCUGCUCACGAAAAACCGAGACAGGUUCACCCAGAAUUUAUCCGUUUUUCGCCGGGAUAUUAACGACUCCUUGAAGACUGCUGAUGACCGAGGUGUUGCCGAAGGACGAGCGGAUUCGUCAGAAAUGAUGACCCUAUAAGAAUCCGGCAACUUUCUUUUACUACCGUUUUUAUGAAAGUUUUUUUUUAACUCUUGAAAAUUUUCGCUGCAAGAAAAAUGGGCGGAAAUGAUCGCAUUCUAACUGAUAAAGUGGGCUUUUUAUUAUAACGGAAGUCAAGUGUUCCCGUUUUACUACAGGUUUGGGUGGAGAAUUAUUGGACCAAUGAGCGAGGUUGCUUAAUUGAUUGGAUAAUUUUGUUACUCGGCUGAGUCUGCCAUGUAAAAUCAAAUUAUUAAAUUCUGCUUGAAGUGGUGCGUGUUGCAGUCACCUCAUCAACUUGAAAAACGUCGGCGUUGUUUUUUUUUGUUGACGAAUUUAUAUGCUGUAUUUGCAGUGACAGAUGCGGUAAUGUAACUAAUUCAGAGCCACCUCAAGUGUGAAAAACGAAUCGAUACACUGUUCAGGGGUUUAGUUCGGCUUUUAACAAAUUCUUCCGUCCCAAAAUCUGUAAAAUAAUAUUCCAACUGAAAUUUCGUUGAAGUUCGAGAGUAGGAUUACGAUACCUGAUUUUCGGAGCCUCGCAGAAAGAAAUCAGCAAAUUUAAAUUGCUUGUUUAGCAUAUUUCUGAUCAAUACGCUUCUUAGCACCGCGAUUUUGAACAGUCCUUUUACAGCGUUCAUUUACUAGAACCGACGUCCCUGUUCUUGAGUAAAUCCGAACGGUUGAAGCGAGGUGAAUGAUGAGAUGGGGAACGGAUUUAAGGUGAAAUGGUCUGUGAUUUGUUGGGCUGGCUGUGGGUGCCGAAGUUUAUCUUGAAAGGAGAAUUUCGAAGUCAUGUUUUCGUUAGAGGAACCUUUUUUUCUGGCGUUUCCUCUGCGUUCUUGUUAUUAUUUUUUUUAAUAUAUACCUAUAUCCCGAAGAGGCAUUCGUCGGCAACCAGAACUCACAGCUAGCUUCAGAGAAAUUUCCUUACGCGUGAAAGAAGUUCCAGGCAUGUUUUCUUACUUAGUGGGUUACCUUUUCUAUCGUACACGUAAAAUUUUCAAGCCAUGCGCAUCGCAUUGAAUUUUACAGUAAGAAUUCUUUCAAGGGUUCCAAGAUCCGCGAGAAAUACACAGUAAGUAGGUCUAAAACUUUUGAUUUUGCGCAUCAAGUGCAUUAUGUAUUUCGGAGAAGCAGAUCAUCUUUACCGAUUUUUCGAUGACGAAUGAAAUCUCGAGGUACUAGAUUGUAGAUAGUGAUGUCCGGGCUGGCAUGCAAUAGGAUGACUUCUCAAUUUCUCAUUUGGGCCUGUUUGAACUUUGUGGGCGAGCAAUCAUUGUUUGGAAGCAGUAUUGUGUAUAAAUUUGAAUGAAUGCAUUCUUCCGACGGGAAGUUUAUUUGAUUGCUUUGAAUGUCUCUCGUGAUGUCUUCUGGAAUUUUUCCUCUUGAUAUUUUUUUUCUAUCAAAAGAUGCAGCAAGGGAGGGAAUCAUUUGUAGAUGUAUUGAUGCUUCUUGUCUCCCAAGUAAUCGACGUAUUUUGUAUUAGCUUUUUGUCCAUUCGAGGAAUAAAAGCUGCUGAAAAACG